ACGAUAGAGCCCUCGGGAGCCCGGGUUAACGGGUGUUGACGAAACACCCUCUCCCCUUCCAGCUUCCCUUUACUCAUUGACACUAGCCAGCCCGCUGGAUAAAUUGCAACCUCUCAGCUGGCAAGCCAGAGUGGCAACUCACUUUGCAAAAAAAAAGAAAGAAGAUUAAUUAAAACAGUGGGACUUUAAGGGGUUUUUUUUGUUGCAGUUUUGCUGAGGGAAGGCAUGCAAAAAGUAGGCGGGGGGUGGAAUUGCAGAAAUGAACUGCAGACAGCGGAGAUACCGGAGUUGGCAGGGCGGAGAGAGAUGAAUUGGAUCUUGCAGCAUCUCUGCACCUUCCCGUGAAAGCUCCUUGCAGCUGUCAGGACCUGGCACAUUCAUUCAAGCCAAGUUUGGGAGCAGAAUGUCCAUUUCAAUCAAUUGAGCAGGCGAUAUGGAGCCGGACUCUGUCAAGUGGGUUGGUUCUCCGUGCGGUUUACACGGAGCCUACAUUUUCUACAAAGCUUUCAAAUUUCGUCUUGAAGGCAGACCAAGAAUCCUCUCCCUCGGAGACUUUUUCUUUGUAAGAUGUAAGCCAGGAGCGCCGAUUUGCAUAGCAGAACUCCAGCUGUUGUGGGAAGAAAGGAACAACAAGCAACUUCUGUCUAGUUCCAAGCUCUACUUUCUCCCAGAAGAUACUCCCGAAGGAAGGUCGGUCGGCCACGGAGAGGAUGAAGUUGUAGCUGUGUCGGAGAAAGUAGUCGUGAAGCUGGAUGACCUGAUGAAAUGGGCAUGCUCGGAUUUCGGCUCAUGGACACGGGGCCUUGGGGCUGUGUCACUGAAACCUUCAAAGAGAAAGGAGCUGGUGAUGAAUGGACAAAAGGAAGUCUUGCAUCAGUAUAGGCAAUGCACCCUCAACAGUGGCCUCAAUUUCAAGGAUGUGUUAAAAGAAAAGGCUGACCUUGAUACCGAUGAUGCUGACGAUGACUGUGAUGAAGUUGAUGACACCAAGAUCAUUGUCCUCAGUUACCCACAGUACUGCCGCUAUCGGACCAUGCUGAAGAGGAUUCAAAACCGAUCGUCCUCCUGGCUGGUUGACCAGUUUGUGAUGGCGUUGGGUGGCAUUGCAAUACUAAACGAAAGCACCCGGAUCCUGUACUGCCGUGACACAUUUGAUCAUCCAACUCUGAUUGAAAAUGAGAGCAUCUGCGAUGAGUUUGCGCCGAAUCUCAAAGGGCGACCACGGAAGAAAAAGCCCUCUUCCCAGAAGCGGGACACACAAGCUGUAAAUAACCUGAGAGAUUCCAAUGAGGAUUCGGAUGGGAAAGGCAAUGCCAAGGCAAAAUGUGAGCCCAAAACCACAAUGGCAAAACCCAAGAAUAACAACAGCAACUGCAAAAAUCUCUCAACUGAUGAAAAAUCAAAGGUUACUGCUGGUGAAGAAUGCAGAGCUGAAGAACAAGCGUUCCUCGUCACUCUAUACAAGUACAUGAAAGAAAGAAAUACUCCAAUUGAAAGGAUACCAUACCUCGGAUUUAAACAAAUUAACCUUUGGACCAUGUUUCAAGCAGCCCAAAAUCUAGGAGGAUAUGAAGCGAUAACCGCACGUCGACAGUGGAAGCAGAUUUAUGAUGAAUUAGGUGGCAACCCUGGAAGCACUAGUGCAGCAACGUGUACCCGCAGGCAUUAUGAGAGGCUGAUCCUGCCCUACGAAAGAUAUAUCAAAGGGGAGGAAGACAAGCCUCUACCUCCAGUCAAGCCUCGAAAGCAGGAGAGCAGCCCCCAAGAGAGCGAGAGCAAGAUGAGGGCAGCUGGAACCAAACGGAAGACUGAACAAAACAGAAAAGUGAAAAGAGAAAGGGACACCAAUCAGAAAGUGAAAGAGUACACUGAGGUAAUUGCAGCCUCAGAGGGCAGCCGAGAAAUGGACAAAUGGAGCCCAGCCUCGGCUUUGUCAAGAGAAGGGGCAGUGACGCAGAUUGAGAAUGGGGAGAAGGAACCGACUGGCUGUGACAUCUCCGAGGGUUCAGAUGGCAAAGGGGACCAAGCCAAGGACAAAGUCAGCAAAGCCAACGGUGAAGAGUCGAAAGGAAAGGAGGCCGAGCCGCUGUCCUUGCACCAGAGCCUUGAGAUCCAUUCGAGAGAUGCGCUGGUACAAAGCCCAGCAGAAAGCAAAGCCGCUUCAGCACCCUGCCAGGAUCCUGAGUUGCCACAACAUCCGGUCGACAAGCUGGCAAACAGUCUACAAGAGAAAGCUGCUAGUGAGGCACCCACAGCUGAGAAAGGUGCUGAGAGAGGAGACGCUCCUGAUCAGGGACCAAGUGUACUAUUGCCGGAUGCUGCAAAUGCCUCCGUUCAUGUCGAUCAACCUUCGAAAGAGGAAGUUGACAAUCGGGCGGGGAGUCACCGGCCGGAGAGCAGACAGAGACAGCCACUUGGGCAGACAGGGAAGGUUAACCUGAACCCCUCUCCCGGGCCCCUCAAAGAGAAGGAGGAGCUUGUUAUGACAAAAACUGAAGCUUCCCCCAGCUACCUGCCUCUGGUGUACUCCAGGGGUCACCCUGGCAUCAUGUCGCCGCUCGCCAAGAAGAAGUUCUUAUCACAGGUCAGUGGGACUUUGUCCAACAGUUAUCCAAUCGGAGCCCCACCUCCAUUACUUAGCAGUAAAAAAUGUGAUGAGAAUGGUGAGGAAAUGGUUACGGCUGAGAGUAAUUUUUUACAAGGCUCCACGCCAGACCAGUUGGCCAUUAAUAGACCAUCUGUGAUUCAACAUGCGCAUAGUUUUCAGAGGAGAAAUAUUGAUGAGCGAGGGGAGACAUUUAAACAUGAUGGUUUGAAUAAAUUAUCCGAUUCUGAGGCUGCUUAUCUUUCUAAGCAUCACCUCAUUUGCUCAGACUCAUUCAAAAGUGGCGCUCCUUACCCUUUCACCUCUGACCUUACAGAUAAUGAAAAUAAAAGUUCUGAGAAGAAAGGUUGCCAACCAUCACAAGUGUCAAGUUUUCUAGCAGACUUCUACUCCUCCCCACACCUGCACAAUCUUUACAGACACACAGAGCAUCAUCUUAAUAACGACCACACGUCGAAGUACCUGAGCAGUAUCAUGAAGGAUAAAAGUUCUUCAUUUGUGCAAAAUAAAAACCAGGAUACAGUCUAUUUAAGUUAUCUUUCAACAUUGCACCGACAGGAAAAGAAAUGUGCAGUGAAACCUCCCACGGAGGAGCAGCCCACUGACUUGAGUCUUCCAAAGUUAAAGAAAACGCUACCCAAGAGCUCAUCAAAUAGUACCAUUCACUUACCAUCGCAGCUCGACAUUAAGAGCACGAUAGCAGUUACACAGCCGGCCCAUACUGACUGCCAUCCCAAAGCUUGCCGUGUCCCUCCAAUGCCAAUACCAAGCAGCACCAAGAGCAGUGAAGCCAUCCAGCCCCCCUCGGCAAAGCUAGAGGAAGUGGUCAGACCCAUCAUCAGCUCCAAAGGAAGUUCACAGGUCAUUGGGAGCUCCAAACCCAUCAAGAGGAACCAUGAGGGCACAGACAACAGCAGCAGUCAGAGCCCGGAGAAGAAACUCCGGGCUGUGUCUCCCAUGCCGCUGGCAAAGGACCUGGCACUGAAAGAAAAGCCGUCUGACUUGGAAGGGGAAAGCAGCAAAAACCUGCCCCCGGGGAUCAUCUUGGAGGGUCACAAGUUCCCGCUGCCAACUCCGAUAUUCCCAGGUGUGUAUCCUGGAGCCUUCGUAUCUCAGGUUCAAGAUAUGUGUGACGGCCUGGGCUCAGGGUUUCCAGUUGACUAUGCCCAUCCCUUGCAAUACUUGAAGAAUCAGGCUGUGCUGUCUCCACUCAUGCAACCACUGGCCAUCCAUUCCUUCAUGAUACCGGCAAUGCAAAGGCAGAUCCUUGCUUCGACCGGCGCCUCUCCACAACUGUAUAGACAUCUGUCCGCAGCUGCUGCCCCAGUCGCAGCCUCUUAUGGGGACCUUUUGCACCAUAGCCUUUAUCCUCUCGCUUCUCUGAACCCACAGGUUGCCUAUUCCACGUCACCAAUCUCUUCUUUACAUCCCGGUGCAAAACUAUAAACGUUUUAUUUUGUGAACAUUUGCUGAAAUCAAGAGAUGUAGCGUAAUAGCCUGAUAGCCCACGUUACAUCGUAAGACUUUGUGAUUGCAAGCUACCAGCAACUGGUUUAUGUAUUUCUUGCAUUCACUUUAGGUGUUCUUAUAUCAUCUACAGAUUGUAAGAUUUGUGUUUUUUUAGUACAUUGAAUGCGAAGUAAUAUUUUUUUGUACAUAGAAAUUUUUUUUGGCUGCAACCUAACACUAUCAUGAUUGCGAUAUCAACACAUUAAAUGGCUGUAAAUAUUCACUACAAACAUUUACAUCUUAAUUUAUGCAACUGUAGUCAGGUUUUACUUCCAGCUUCUGCUGUUUUGGUGUGUAUUUCUCGCAGUGUCAGUUGAUGGAUGUGUUGAAUAUUGUGUUCUUGUUCCAGAACAGGAUAGAAAUAAUAACUACAGGAAGUUUGCUGCAGCUGUAAAUGUCUGUUUGGAUUCUUUUGAAUCCUUUCUGUAGAACCCAUAUGUGGUGGUUAAUUUCUGUACUAUGUAAUAGUGCACCACUGGUCUUUUUUUUUCCACUGAUUUUUUUUUGGAUAUAUCACCAUUCUUGCAGUUGUUAGGGGCUUGACUUUCACAUCGAUUAAAAAAAAAAAUCGUUUACAAAGCAUAAAGUAACUGUAACUCAAGUAACACUUGCCAAGUUUUAAUAUUGAUUCAAAUUAAAUGUAAAUAUUCAAAUUCAGUUUUCAUACUUUCAAUGCCAUCCUAGCUCUCAAACUUACUGCUGUUAAACCGCUAUGAGCUAAAGAUUUGUAUAUAAGAUAUGCUAGCUGUAGUUUGCAGUUGCUACAUUGCAGGGAAAAAAUGACGGUAAUUUUAUAUUUAGAUCCUGCCUGCCUUGCAUUUAAGGUCACAAAAGUAUAGCUGCAAGGGUUCUUUCUGUGGUUCCACAUAAUGUUUUGUCAAUCAAAUGUUUGAACCGUAAAUCUCUCUAAUGUAAACAAGGCAGAUUUUGAAAAGAAGCAAAAGUGAAGCUGAAUAAUAAAAUGAAGAAAAACAAGAUUCCACUUUAGCAUUGGCGAGCAUUCUGCUGGUUUUAUAAUAAAGCCCCUUCAGUCUAUUCCCGUUGUCUGUGCAGCUGUUGGUGAAGCUUUAAUAAGAUUUGUGUUGAAAUGCAGUUCUGGCUCUUUGUUCAACUCCUGUGCUUGGCUCAAUCUGUGGCAGCCUUUUGGAGCUUGGAAAAUUUCACUUUAAGUUUAAAAGUGCCCUCAUGCUAAGCAAAUUAAACAUAGGCAAAAUACUUUCAAAGAAAGUCUUUCUUAAACUUAUUAGAACAUUUGCUUCUAGAGAACUUGACAUUUGGUUACAAUAAUUUCCUUUCAGUUCCACACUAAACAUGUUUAACUGAUGCCUCAGUAUUGCAUGUGGCCUUCUGGCAACUCCACUGCAACAUCAAGAACUAACUGUGCCUUUUCAUUUCAACAACACAUUAAAACUUCAGUACUUAACCACACAUGUUUGUCAAUGGUAUACCGUGGUCACAUCUGGUCUAGCUUUGCAAAGAGCAUUAUGAUCAUAAGUAUUGUGAAAUCAGGAUAUAUUAUUUUUGUUGGUUUCCAUGCUCGUAAUGAUUAUAAUGGGCACUUACAAGAUUGUUUGUCUGAUUGUGGCUAUAUUAGUUACAGAGAAUGUUGUUCUCAAAUGGCCGUUUUAUUCACCAAGACACAUUGCUUAAAUAUUUUCAGUCUGUAUCUUAUCAGCAAGAUGUUUAUACUGACAUGUUCUUAUUAUGAAACUUGUAUUUUGUAAAUAAUGAACACAUUUCUUUUUGCAAUUUUGUUUUGGUCUAUAGCACAUUUUCAUGUAUGGUGAUUUGUACAUAGUUAAAAGCGAAGACUAGUAACAUUAAGAUGAGUCCUGAUAGUUUAAGGUUAUUGAGUAACCUUGCAUUAGGUUCAAACUUUAAAUCUAAUGUUGCUGAGCCAAAUGUAAACACUAAAGUUUUGUUUUUGUAUGUUCAGUGUACUUGGCAAAUGCUUUUGAUACUUUGUUCCAAUAGUUUAUCAAUCACAUAGCUGGCAAAAUAUUUUGUACUUUCUGAUCCACUGUUAUAUUUAAUAAAAGUUUUACUACUUAAAA